AACUUUUGAAAAGACAACCUAAAAAAUAUAAGAUUACUUCUUCUUUUUCUAUCGAUUUCAAGAGAAACAUGGCUAAGUCUUCCACAAUAUACUUCUUGCUAGCCCUUCUGUUCUUCGCCUCCUUGGGUGGAACAAAGAUGAACGUGGAAGCUAAAGACUGCUCAAAAGUAUGGGAUUGUAGUCGCGGCGGGGAUCAAUGUUUCAAUGAAUGCAAGAGUCGCUACGGUGGACAAGGAUUGUGUGACCUCGGCACUGCUCCUGGUGUUCCACGACAAUGCUUUUGUGCUUAUAAAUGUUAGAGAGGGAAAAAUGAUUUAGAUUAUAAGUCGUAGUAAUAAGUAAUGUAAUAACUAAUUACAUAUAUGUUGACCAUAUAUGUGAUAGAAAUAAGAAGGAGAAAAGUUGAAAUCUCAGGAAAUUCUCUAAUCUUUCUUUCUAAGGCAACAA